CCAAUCUCAAGUGUUUUCAUUAGGAUUAAGGUGUCCCAUACACUAUUGAAAAACCGACCCAACUCCGUCGCGACAGUUUGAGAGAACGGAAAAGCAAUAGAUUGGUUGCGAAAAAGCAAUCACCAAAGAUGCCAACUGGUAGUGGAAGAAAGAGAAAGACCUACGGCUUCGUUCGGGAUCUGGACGAGGAAUUUCUCCAACAUCAACAAAGCGAUGAUAAUGAUGAGAACGAUACCUGCGGCAAUGGCAGCCACAGCAGCAUUAGUGUCAACGAUGAUGACUUUUCUGUAGAAGACGAGAGUGGCAGUGCCAUCCGCGUCGAAAAGAAGAGAGAGUCUAGAGUCACCCAGAAUACAAAGAAAAAGGACCGCAGAGGCAAUAACGGUAGCGCGCAGAAGGAGAGGGAAAAAGCAGAGACCAAUGAACAGUCUCAAAAGGAAAUCAAAUCGAAUGACAUUAGAAUCACCGCCGACGACGAAGAUCACUUUGAGACAACAGCAACAUCAACAAGAAACGAGAAGGAAUCAAGCAAAACCAUCAGUUUGGAUUCGUUCGAUGUCGUUCUUCCUCCUUCUAUUAUCGGUGGUGGUGGUUCUACUUACGAAAAUCAAUGCACCUUGCUCGUCGAGGUCUCGGAUACCACGGAUGCCGUCGCUUUGGGUGAAUUCGGUGGAAGUGUCGGUGCUAUUGGACGGUUCGAAAGCGAUUCCAAUGGCAUAACCUUGGACUUGAAAGGCAAUCAAUACCGGGGGAGCCUUUUGCCGGGGCCAACCUGUAUGGUAGUAGGCUUUCCCUCUACUUUUGGCUUUAAGAAAAAGGAAGGGCCAAUAGCAGCAACGAAAGACCAACAAGUCGAAGAGAUGUCGCCGUCCUCGGCGUUCCCAACAUUACGGGUGGAGGCAAUUACAGACGAAUAUGCAACUCUUGUUCAAAUCGCUGAUCACAUGAAAACACUUGACGCAGUCGUGAUAGGGAACCAAAACAACAGUCACGAAACUAACGGCAAAAACGAGAACAAAGACAAGAUUCCCAAGUAGUGAUGAAAACCACCAGCUGUGUAAGAUUGAGAGUUCAAUGCCUUAGGAUUGAUCAUACCGCACGCACGGCGAAAAGAAAUGACGAGGAGAGGGAUUGUACGAAGUUUGGUUUACUCUGAACAUAUCUGUAGGUAUUUUUCUUCUUUUGAUGACACAGUAAGGAAAAACACAGAUCCAGAACGAAUAUCUUGAAUCAGAUCGUUCCAAAAUAUAGUUGUAAGCGAUGUGGAGGGAAGUUUUCCAUCUUUGAUUCCGUACAUAGUAUUAGAACGUAAGGGAAUGAGUACACUUAGUUUGUCGAUGUUAAAUUAUGAAACAUCCAUACCAGAACAGUAUCUUUCCAACACGAUAAGAGUGCGUUCUAACAGCAGCAUUGAUCGAACCGCUGUGUUCGCGCUUCAGAUUUCAUAGUACAUCAGAAUGGCGUAAUAUGUUUAUGUAAGGAGGAGGAGUGUGCGAUUCAGUUUUUUUUUCAUUUAUUAUUUAUAUACAUUUGAACAAACUCAAUUGACAAUAAUAAUUCAGUUGUGCA